AUGCUCUAUUUAAGCCAUAACAAUGACAGCGAAGCGAGUAUGCUUGUCUUUGACAAGUUGAAAAGCACUAUAAUGGCUGCCACCGCCUUGAUCACAGGUGUAUUGCAGGCCGGAUACCGCGCACGCCUAUCUAUCCGACACCCUGAACAAGCUGAAAAGUUGCGCCGCAUAUUCAGCAGCCAUCUAAGUAAGAUCGAGUUCACCGUCGUGAGCGACAUCACUGUCACCGGAUGCUUUGAUGAGGCUUUACAGGACGUGCAAUAUGUCAUACAUGUUGCGUCACCACUUCCAGAUCGAAACACCGACCUUUUGAUCCCUGCAAUGCAGGGAACAACAUCCAUCUUACAGUCUGCUUCCAAAUAUUCGACUAUUAGGAAAGUUGUUGUCACAUCGUCAAUAUCAUCGUUCAUUCCCCUGGCUGGCCAACCGCACGGUACAGUGAUUACCGAGGAUACGGGAAUUCCCUAUGAUGCGAAGCAGGGUAUAUCGCCUUUACUGGAUCCGAUGGUACAGUACCGCGCGAGUAAGGUAGCCUCCUAUCAAGCAAUAAUCGACUUUGUACAGGAGCACAAGCCGUCGUUUGAUGUGACCACAUUCCAUCCAUCUUGGGUUUAUGGUCGUAACCCGGUACAAGAACCACAUGAUAACCUGAGUGGAAGCUGUGGCGCACUGGUACUCACUCUUUUGUCGCCAGAAAGGCCCAUCAAUGGUCAGUUUCUGGGGGUUCAUGUUGAUGACGUCGCUGCGGCACAUGUCAAGGCACUAGGAGAAUCCACACGAGGCUUCCAGUCCUUCUUACUCUCUGCUCCACGCCGGUCAUGGGAGGAGGUGAACGCAUUCGUCCGACACGAAUACCCCUCCGUGGCUUGGAGAUUAAUUCCGGAGGACUGGAUGAAUUACGCGGUGGACUCGAGUAAGGCGGAGAAAGAGCUCGGUCUAAAGUUCAAGUCAAUGGAGGAUCAAGUGAGAGACACUGUCGACCAGCAGUUGGAGUUUUGCAAGUUGCCGGUUCAGUCUGUUCUCUGA